AUGAAUCAAGAGGAAGACCCCGUCAACUUACAGAUCUUCGUGCCAGAGCUCAAUGUGCGGGUGAGUGCAUUCCAGCUGUUUGCUACAAUUCCAAUGCUCCACUCCUUUCAGAAGUUUCUCGCCGUCACCCAGAACGACUUCAUCUGGGAUGUGAAACGGAAACUUCUCGCCACUCUGCCACAGGCUCUUCCCCAAGCAUUCAACUACGGGCUCUUCCUUCCUCCGUGCGAUGGCCGUGCCGGAAAGUUUCUUCUCGAAGAUCGUACGAUCCGCGAUUAUCCAUUCACGGACUGCGUACCGUAUCUCGAACUAAAGUACAAGAAACGCGUGUACAAGAUGCUCAACCUGGACGAAAAACAGCUGAAGGCGAUGCAUACAAAAGUAUGUUUGCCCCUUUCUUUUCUCGCGCAUUUCUUGCGCAUCCGAUCGAACAUGUCGAUAGAAGACGUGACAAAAAGUUGGCGUAAUUACAAGGUGUUUUAUGUCGGAAUCCGUCCGAUGUGUAUCUUCUUCCUGCAACUAAUAAUAUUUGUUUGCGCACUUUGUUCAAUGCUGAUGCUUAUCUUUUUGCAGGGCCAACUCAAAAAGUUUAUGGACUACGUGCAGCAGAAGAAUAACGAGAAGGUGGAAAAGAUGUGUGUGCAGGGACUGGACGCCAACUUCCACGAUUCUCAGGUACUACAGAGAGGAAGGAAAAAAACAGAUGAAGGAGUUACAGGGAGAAACUCCAUUGACACUGGCAGCAGGCAUCCCGAACAAUCGGGCAGUCAUCGUCUCGUUGGUCGGAGGAGGUGCUCACAUUGACUUUCGAAAUUCCGAAGGGCAGACAGCGAUGCACAAAGCCGCUUUCCUGUCUUCUUUUGAGAAUGUCAAGACACUCAUCGAACUGGGAGCUAGUCCGAAUUACCGAGAUCCGAUUGGACUCACCCCUCUGUACUACAACAUGCUGACUGCCGAUUCGAAUGAUCAAGUGGCCGAGAUCCUUCUGCGGGAAGCUGCCGAUAUUGGAGUGACCGACAUGCACGGAAACCAUGAAAUCCACCAGGCAUGCAAAAACGGACUCACGAAGCACGUCGAACAUCUUCUCUACUUUGGAGCUAUUAUCGACGCGGAGAACGUGAAUGGAAAUACUCCUCUCCACGUCUGCGCAGUCAACAAUCGACCGGAGUGCGCCAGAGUGUUGCUUUUCCGAGGGGCGGAUCAUCUGAUUGUGAACAAGCAGGGACAGACGGCACUCCACGUGGCACACAUUGUCGGGAAUCCAUCGGUAGCUGAUGUCGUUCAAGCUCACAAUCCGAGCUCAUCAGGUAGUUCUAAAAGUUAUUGGAAAGUAAUGCAUUUUUACAUUUUCAGUUCCAUACCGAGGCACCCCACAGUAUUCCACGAGACGGCGUCUUAGUUCAACAAUCACUCGAAGGCGUUCGAUGUCUCAGUCUUCCAUAUGCAGCCAAGAUGUCUACCGUACUCCUCAAAGUGUUCGGAAAGCUCCGGUCUCUGCAGCACCGUCGCCAAGUCCUUCCCGUUCAUCGAGAACGACAAUAACUCCAUCUGAAUACGGCACGAUGCGAAGGUCCGGAAUGGAUUCGAUGCGGUCAAUGAUUGCCGCCGGACACGAGACAAAUAUUGCCAGGAUUCUUGUCAUACCAAGAGGAGUCAAAGGAUUCGGAUUCAUUCUGAGGGGAGCGAAACGUCAGUCAUCAUAUUUUACCCCAAAAUCUUCACUUUUUUGUUCAGACGUCGCGAUGCCACUGAACUUUGAGCCGACAUCCCAAGUGCCAGCUCUUCAGUUCUUCGAAGGAGUUGACAUGUCCGGAAUGGCCGUACGAGCAGGUCUUCGGCCUGGUGACUACCUCCUCGAAAUAGAUGGAAUCGAUGUAAGAAGAUGUUCGCACGAUGAAGUGGUUGAGCUGAUUCAACAAGCGGGAGAUACGAUCACACUGAAAGUGAUCACUGUCGACGUGGCAGACAUGAGCCGUGGAGGAACGAUUGUGCACAGAGGGCAAUCAGGUAAGGACGCUUCGAGUGGAAGGAAUGUUUGUGAAGUUGUUCUGUUCUGUCAUUGUCUAAUCCGUGCACCGUCACCGCUCACUUCACUUCCAGCUCGUCACUCUUUGGUUUUCACUCCCACUCCGUCGACAAUCUACUCAUCGACAAAAGCCUCCAGUGUCUAUCGGAUGAGAUUUGGUUUGCUUUCUAUGUUUGCUAAUUACUCAGCCACGUUUCUAGUUUAGAUCUAACUUAUCUGUUAUUUGUUGAUUUGAUUCAUCGUAGAGACGAGUAAUUGAAUGCUUUCAGACUCGCACGAGGCGCAAGCUGUCGACUACUACGCUCCGAAUGAAAUCAGGAAUGCGUAUUCUGAAUCGAGGCAUGCGUCAGUGCGACAAAGGGCAGGGAGCGGGAGGAGAAUAUCGGCAGCCGAGCUGGAGAAUCUGAUGGUUCGGCAGAGAGUGCCUUCGGUCCAAGGAGCUCCUUAUCAGAUGCAGUACGACCAGGAAUCGUUGAACGGAGGCUAUUCUUCGAAGAAAUACAAUUCGGUGUCGGACAUGAAACGAAGAAAAGGACAACGGAAUGUGGUUGCUUCAUCGGCCGGUUUGAACAGAUCCACUUUCGAACCAACGGUAAGAAAGUAUGUUCACAGUCUCAAAUGCAAUCAUGUUUUUGCAGCCAGCCACCAGCACGUUCGAGUACAAUUGUAGCAGCCGGAGCACUCCUCAGCUCUCACGGAUGGACUCGUUUGAUUCCUUUGACGAUGAGGAUGAAAUGCCAGCUCCGCCUCCGACCACGUAUGCUCCAGCUGACCUGUCGAGAGACGUUUCGAUGCAAAGGAGUGAAUACUCUCGGCCGUUCAGACCCACUUCUCGUCCGAAGACCCCUCCACCACCACCUCCAAUGCAGCAUCAGCAGGCAUAUCACGCGAGAGCUCCUUCCCAACCUGUUCAACUGCAACCUCAACAAUCGAUUCCGCCGCCACCUCCUCCGCCGCCCCCGCCGCAGAUGCUGGAGCCAACGAUGGUGCAAGUGGAGUUCACGCCUCCGUCCACGUCUUCGGUACCCGGCCCUCCACCCCCGCCACCAUUGCCUCCUAUCUCGUCGGGAGCUCCACCGCCGCCACCUCCGCCGCCACCAGGAGGGCUUAUGAAUCACACUCCCAGUGCUCCAGUGCUCACGAAUAAGGGAAUCUCUGCGGACGCAUUGAGAUCAGUUCAAUUGAAGAAGGCAGAAACGAGAGAACCGUCUUCGGCACCUUCUUUGAAUAACAACAAUAACAAUAACUCUUCGACGACUGAUUUCCAAAUGGACUUGAAAAAUGCGUUGGCGAAGAGGAGAAGCAAAGUGGCGCAUGAUGUGGACGAGGAUGAGGAGAGAGAAAGCCGUUUCGAGGGACUGUCUCUCAGAGAAACUGUUCGGGAAAAUGUUGUGGAGAGAGGGAAAGGCGUGCAGAGCAUUGGAAUCGUCAAUAAGAAAGACAGCGGGUGAGUCGGUGAACGAGCAAAUCGUCGAAAAAUGAAUCGUCUUCUGUAGGUACACUUCGUCGAGGACGUCGUUAGAGCCGUCGGAAUCCGAGGAGAAGGAUCACCGUCCUCACUUUUCACUUGAUCACUCGCCGAAUGUGCAGCGAGUGACCCUGAUCUCUCAGCAUUUGGAGGACAAUUACGGACAGAAAGACAACGUACGUUUCCCGGUUUCUUUGCCUGCACUUUCCAGAAGAACUCUAACCACGAGGUGUGAAUGUGCCCCAUUUGUUCUGUGUGGAUUGUGCCCAUCCCUAACCGAAUCCGCAUUCAGAUGUCCGUCGCCUCAUCGUCAACGGCGUCCUCCUCCUCGACCGUCGAUGUGACGAAGCCCGGCUGUUUCGUGGUUCCGUCUCACGUCAUUCCUCCCGUUGAUUACGACGACGACCCGGAUUCAGGGACCGGAGACAGCGACGGAGAGAUCCGCUGUAAGAGCUUCUUUACAUCACGAAGAGACUUUCAAUGCACACACUCUUUAUGUUCUCACAUUUACAAUAAGACGAUAGGGAUAUGGUUGGUUCUGAUCAAUUCGGUAGUAAUCAGUCUGGGAGGAAUGAACUUGGGAGAACAGACAUUAACUUGGGCAAUUAUUAAGAGUUUUGCACGUUUUUGUAUUUCUGGGAAUCAUGACCACAAUUUUCUAAAACCGUUCAUUUAGUAUGUGUAAGAAUUUUUUUUGAAGUGUUCAUAUCAGUUGGCAUUUCUCACAUCUUCUUCAGUUUCUCUUUUUCGGGGGCUUUGUUCUUUUUCAAUAAAUUCCUUUCGGUUUCAGGUAGUGAAAUAUCAUUCGAACACAAGAAGGUAGACGUGUGGACCGUGGAAGACGUCAUCGGCUGGCUCUCCUCGCUGCGGCUCUCCGAGUACUCGACAGCCUUCCGAAGUCAGCGCAUCGACGGACGGUCCCUUCGCCAAUGUGACCGUUCCCGAUUCACUCAACUGGGAGUCACCCGAAUCGCCCACCGUCAAACCAUCGAAUCUGCCCUCCGAGGCCUUCUCCAGUGA